GUCUCACUUGGUCCCAUAUAAACCUCCUCGGAGUGUCAUCAGUCCCGAGCGGAGCGGAACAGCAGCGGACAGAUGGAGUGCUGCGAGACCGCUGUGUCACACCUGAGCUGGGCUCUGAUCGUCGGGGGCGCGGUCUUCCUGUGGUACCAGACCCGGAGCCACACGCAGUACGGCCGCUACGUGCCGGCGGAGAGUCGGUGCUGUCCGGCCAGACUGGCCUGGUUCCUGCAGGAGGUCCCUGCCUUCCUGCUGCCGCUGCUGCUGCUGCUGCUCACCGAAGAACCGGACAUCGGGCCGGGCAGGAGCGGGCGCAGGAGCGGGAGGACGCUGCUGCUCUGCACCUUCAUGCUGCACUAUUUCCACAGGAGUUUCAUCUACGCCUUCCUGACCAGGGGACGAGCCGUCCCCCUGAAAGUCCUCCUCUGCGCUGUCGUCUUCUGCUCACUCAACGGCUUCCUGCAGGGACACCACCUGCUGCACUGUGCCCAGUUCGAAGGCACCAGGCUCACUAAUCCUCACCUGGCUGCAGGUUUUCUCCUGUUUGUGGUUGGUAUGGCCAUAAACAUCCACAGUGACCACAUCCUGCGCAACCUGAGGAAACCUGGAGAGGUCGUCUACAGGGUCCCAUACGGGGGAAUGUUUGAGUUCGUGUCUGGUGCUAACUUCUUUGGGGAGAUCGUGGAGUGGUGUGGUUACGCCAUGGCUGUGUGGUCUUUACCAGCCUUCGCCUUCGCUUUCUUCACAGUCUGCUCCAUCGGGCCCAGAGCCUACCAGCACCACAGAGACUACCAGAGGAGGUUUGAGGACUACCCUCGCUCCAGGAGAGCCCUCAUUCCUUUCAUUCUGUGAGGACGGAGGAGCACAUUCAUCUCCAGCUCUUCUUUUAUUUCUGUCGGCCGUGAUUGGCUCUGGAGUUUGGAGCAACUUCAGUCCUUUUAAUGGAAACCAGCUGACUGAGGGUCUGCGUGGAUGCUGUCGCCUGAUGAUGUCAAACCCACAGUUUUCAGAAUCAGUGGUAAUAAAACAGCAGCUUCCACCGA